UCGUAACCGUUAGCUGUGCCACGCUCGGAUUAUCCAUCGCGCGGGAAACACACAUCGGGAAUAUUCGAAUAGUCUGCCUCCGAGUACCAUCGACGUACCUGGCCCCGUGUACAGCAUGAUACUCACAAUUCUAUUGUGUACGAUUUUCGGGCGAAUCGAUACGUCACCGAUCGCGAACGUUUGGCUCAGCCCAAUACGAUCUCUGACGCCAUUGAAGCAGUAUCACAUACAAGACGGAUCCGGCGGAUAUCAUUACUCAUUCACGGGGCCCCAUCACGCGAAAUCGGAAUCCAGUUUGAACGGAAUCACGCAGGGUGGUUAUUCCUACAUCGACGCCAAUGGAAUUUUGCAAACGGUAACGUACACGGCGGACGAUCAGAAUGGAUUCAGAGUGAGCGCCAGUAACUUACCGCAACCGCCGAAGAACGAUCUUCAGGCGAUCAACGAUACACCGGAAGUGGCCGCGGCGAAGAAGACUCACUUGGACGAGCUGCAGAAAUCGCAGUUCGGGGACCAAUCGAAUUAUCAAUCGAACAUUCUCUCUUACAAGAUCCUGCCGUCCUACUUCAGCUUUGCACAGCUGACGAACGACGACGAAAAGAAUCUAGCCGUACGAGAAGUCGCGCAAACCCCGAAGAAUCCGUUCCUCCUGUCCAACUCGGAAGCAGAGGGGAUCGAGGUGCCAAAACCGGACGCAAACCUCUCAAAACUGUCGCCUUCAACAACCGUUUCACCGUCGUUGCCAUCGUCACUCCCUUCAAAUCAACAACGGAAGAACGAAGGACCGUCGCCUCAACGAAAUUCGAUACAAAUAAACAAACUGGUAUCUCUGAACCCUGUCCAGAGGCCUGUAGCUGUUCCAACACCCUACGUACUUCCGGUUGUGCCGUACAGACUAUUGCACAGUGCUCUCCACCACACGCAGGACUCCUUAGGCCAAUACGAUUACAGUUACAUGGGAGAUUCCAGCGCGAAAACAGAGUCCAGGUCGUUGGAUGGAACGACAAGGGGUGCUUACAGCUACAUCGAUCCAAACGGAAUUUUACAACAGGUUCAUUACGUGGCGGAUCAUAACGGGUUCAGGGUCGUGGCUACCAAUCUGCCGGAAGCGAAGUAAGCCAACGAGGUCGAUUCGACCGCGACGACGAAUGAUUUUAUUAUUGAUUCAUCGGGGGUGGUUUCUUAUCGAGGACAGGCUGGAGUAGUUCGUGACGUAUUUUGAAAUAGGGGAUAGAAAAUUCUUGGAUAUUUUUCUUUUUGUUAGCGUUUCUAGCAUUCUUAGAUAUUUCGUUCUUCUUUUUUGUUUUUUUUUUUUUCUUUUACUUUUAGAGGAAGAUAGAAUUUUUUCUUUGUAAUUCUUAGGGGAAGAUAUUCCGUAAUCCUUCAGGGGGAGAUAUUUUGUCUCGGAAUUCUUUGGAAUUUUUUAAGGAUACGAAUUGGAAAGUUAACGAAGAUAAGAAAAUCUAGAGAAAAAGAACUAUUUUAUACUUCCCUCUCCUUUUUUCUUUUUCGGCAAAGAAUCUAAACUGCAAUGCCUAUUGCUCUAAAUUAUCAAGAAAUUUACUUUGAAAGUCAAAUAUGAUUAAACGAUCCAAAAUUUUACAACUUAAAAUACAAAGAAAAAUAUAUAAAAUACCCAAAGAGUAUUUUACACGUAAAAUAAUUUUCUAACAAAGUUCUAUCUUUUUUUUUUUCUUCUUUGCACGUUCUCAAAAAUACGAACUUGCAUAAAAAUCUGUAGCGUACUUAUAAAAAAUGCACAACUUCUUCAGAAUUUUAAUUAAUCUUAUCUUCCUUGAGAGCUUCCGCGAUUUGUCAUCCCCACCGUCAUGUUGCCUCGAUCGAAGAAAAAUAACGCGUACAGCCAAGAAAAGGAAAGUUUCGUCGUUGAUUUUCCAAUGAUUGGUAGCCGCCGUAUUCCUUUCUUUGUCAAAAGAACGAAAAGAUCAAAGGGGCAGGAUAAUCUUCAUUUUGCGCUGUUCGAUUGGGAAUUUCUUGCGAAACGCGUUUCUUGCUACGGGGUUUAUUUCACCGGUGAGGGGGUAAUCAAACUUUCUGAAUGCCUUUCGAGCUCGUUCCGCGCAAGCAACGCCCGUGACACUAAACGGGAACGAACUUAAUUCGCAUUCGUUCUCUCUUUUCGUUUCGCUCUUUCUCUCUCUCUCUCUCUUUUUUCCAUUCUCCCUUAUUCGCGUUAAUUGUCGCGAGUAAAUCAAUUUACACAUGAAUAAAUUAUUUCAUCCA